CCACAAACAACUACCCACUACUAUCUAACUCUGUUCCUGUUUGUUAUUUUACACCUCUACCGUUCGCGUUACUCUUCUAAAUAAAAGAGACAUGAGCUCCAGGCUUCUUAGAUCACAUUUCUACUCUGAUUCUUUUCCCCAUCUACUCACUGAUUCAUACUCAAUUUCGAUACUACCGACAAACGCGUGCCCAACAUGGUCCUCACCACUUUCCCUUCAGAGGCCUUGGAUGGUCUUUGCUCCAAAGAACGUCUUGACCUCAUGGACUCUAUAGAUAACCUACGCUCUCAAGGGAUCAACCACUUUGUCUCUCUUCCCCAGAUCAUUGUGUGUGGCGAUCAGUCUUCUGGGAAAAGUUCUGUGCUUGAGGCUAUAUCUGGUGUGUCAUUUCCUGUGAAGAGUAGCCUGUGUACACGCUUUCCUACAGAGCUUGUCUUACGCAGGGCCCACCAAGCCAGUGCCAGCGUUUCCAUCGUACCUCAUCACACAAGAAGUGACACUGAGAAAGCUGCCCUUGGUAGUUUUCAUGAGGAGUUGCAGAGCUUUGACGGUCUAUCCAAUCUGAUCGAUAAUGCCAAGUCUGCCAUGGGCAUUAGCACUCAUGGCAAGGCCUUCGCGAAAGACCUCCUUCGUGUUGAGAUUUCCGGGCCGGAUCGGCCACAUCUCACUAUUGUGGACCUUCCUGGGCUCAUCCAUUCGCAGACCAAGAAUCAAUCAGCAUCAGAUGUCGGCUUAAUCCAGGAGGUGGUUGAAUCUUACAUGAAGGAGCCACGAAGUAUCAUUCUGGCUGUUGUCUCAGCCAAGAACGACUUUGCGAACCAGGUGGUGCUCAAACUGGCACGUUCCGCUGAUACUACUGGAAAUCGCACUAUUGGUGUUAUCACCAAACCCGAUACCCUACACCCGGGCUCUGAGAGCGAGUCACUUUAUGUGUCUUUAGCUCGAAACCAAGAGGUCGAGUUCCGCCUUGGUUGGCACGUUCUGAAGAAUUUGGAUUCCGAAGCAGGCUUUGAAACGCUGGCUCAGCGUGAUAUUAGAGAGCUAGAAUUCUUCAACCGAGGAAUAUGGAAGGAACUCUCCGAGUCGGUUUUGGGGGUUACCACAUUGCGUAGCAGGUUGAGCAAAGUUCUCUUGAACCACAUCACAACAGAGCUGCCAAGUUUGAUUGGUGAGAUCGAGGCAAAACGCAAUGCUUGUCAGGAAAGACUUGAGAAGCUUGGUAAACCCAGAACUACACUGCAUGAACAGCAGCUCCACUUAAUCGGUAUCAGCGAAUCGUUCCAACGACUUGUCCAGAGCGCAGUUGAUGGCAACUGGAAUGACCUUUUUUUUUACGAUGCCGGGUCCCAUACCGGCUAUCUUCGACGUAUUAGGGCUGUCGUCCAGAACCUCAAUGACCAGUUUGCGGAGAAUUUGUCUAGUCAUGGCCAUCGCCGUCACAUUACUGAUUCUCGAGAGCCAUCAAUGACAAGACACGGCAUUUCUCUUACUCGCGUGGAAUUCAUCGACCAUAUCGAAAACAAGAUACGCAGAUCCCGGGGAAGAGAGCUACCUGGAUUAUUUCAUCCUAUGAUUGUGGCCGACCUCUUCCGAGACCAAGCAAGCCCAUGGGAGGAGCUAGCACGCAGUCACGUUCAUAACACUUGGAAGGCAUGCCGGAUUUUCCUAAAACACGCACUUGGCCAUGUGGCUGACGCAGGAACUUCGUCAGCAGUCAUGCAUAAGAUCGUACAGCCUGCCAUGGAGACCAUAUUAGCAACACUCAAAUCGAGAACCGGACAGACUUUGAGGCCUCAUCAAAUGAUUCACCCGAUCACUUACAAUCACUACUUCACUGAUACAAUCCAGAAUGUCCGUAAAGAGAGGGAGCGAGGCCGGGUCACACGAGCAUUGCUUGGAUUCUUUGGUGUUCCGGAGUUGGGCAACCAUCACUGCGGAAAUACAGAUCUCAACAAUCUGUUGAAAGUGCUAGUCGAUGAUUUUGCCGAACCAGAUAUGCAUCGCUUUGCUGCCUCCGAAGCAUUGGAUCAGAUGAAUGCAUACUACAAGGUUUCUUUGAAGCGGUUUCUAGAUGACAUUGCUGUUGAGGUAAUCGAGGUAGUGCUCAUGUCUGCCCUCCCAGCCAUACUGUCUCCUGUCAAGGUCUACGAGAUGGCACCUGACCUGGUUGCUCGUAUCGCCGGCGAAACCGAGGAGGUUCAAACUAUGAGAAAUCAACUUAUGAGGCAGCUCGCAGUGUUGAGCAGCGGCGCCGAGACUUGCAAACAGUUUGCCACCACGAAACUCAGUGUGGACGAGGAACUGGUGCAAGAUGACGAAGAGGAGGAAACGGAUGACUUGGACGAAAUCAAGAAAAAGAGCGCAGUCGAUUCCAACCUGUCAUCCGUCGACAGCCCUUCUUCACCGCCGCAGGCUCAUCUUGCAGAAAUAGAGCAAACAAGCCCUGAAGAUUUAGAGCAGCCUGUCGCCGAUAGCUAUUGGGGAAUGCCUGACCGCCCGAAGAAGUCAUCGAAGAAAACAAAAAAAAAGGUCUCUGAAUGGAACUGAUCUUUGUUGCUACUGGGGCUUUGAUGAAUAGAGUGGUGAGGAUUUUGCUGAUGAUUGACUAUUAUGGUACACAAUCCAUAAACUCAGCUCUUCAUCACUUGUAAGAUGUCAC